UCACGUGAUCAUCACGUGACACAGGACAAGAUGGAGGACCCCAUUGUGCCAAUAGUUUUAAUACUAUUGGCGCUACUGGCAGGUGCAGUAGAAGGUACAGAAUUUUCAUUCGAGCUCCCUGAUAGAAAAAGCCAGUGCUUUUUUGAGGAGAUAGAAAAAGGGACUAAAAGUAUUGUAGAUUUUCAGGUAAUAUCUGGCGGAAAUUUUGACGUAGACAUAAGAAUCACAGGCCCCAAUGACAAAGAAUUGUACAGCGCCCAGCGACAAAAAUACGACACAAUAGAAUUCACGGCGGAGCUGACCGGGGAGCACCAGAUCUGCUUCAGCAAUGAGUUCUCAAGUUUCUCUCACAAAGUGAUAUAUUUUGAGCUAGUGGUUGGGAAUGAGCCACCGCUGACGGAAGAAAUGGGCACACAUCAAGUGGCAUUGACACAGCUAGAGACGUCAGUUGUGAAAAUACAUGAAGCACUACGUGUUGUACACGAUUAUCAGACCCACCACAGGCUAAGGGAGUCACAAGGACGCAGGAUGGCAGAACAUCUAAAUAAUCAAGUCCAGUAUUGGUCUCUCGGGGAGGCUCUUCUUUUCGUCCUUGUUGCGUUCGUUCAGGUUUUUAUUUUGAGACGGUUCUUUGCCGUAAAGAGAACCAACAUUUAGGGAUUUUAUUAAAUUAUUAGACAGAGAGAAAGUGAGAGGGUGAGGGGGCAGGUUUUUCUUUGUUACUAUCAUAUGCCUUUACAUGUAUCUUAUAAAAUAAUAAUACCAUUCUUCCUGACUUUUAAUUUGUGACGUAUAGUCAUGAUUAUGUACAGUA